AUGCCCCGCAUUGCCUCUUGCCCCAUCCUCCCCUUCACGUCCGCGCCUCCUCGUUGCUGUCACCACUCUCGCACACUAUGCCUCGCUGCCAAUGGCUACCUGCCACGUCGCGCAGCCGAAGCCACUGCUGCGCUCGCGGAGCGGUUUGAUGGCGGCGCGAUGCGCUGCGGGGAAGCGGGGAGGCGGAUGGGCCAGCUGAGGCGGACGGUGCGCGCAGCUGCGGCUGGUAGGGGCGCGGAAGUCGCGAGGGCGCGGGGAUGGGCGGAGAGGCGGCAGCGCGGGUGCGGUUGGGCGAUGACGUCAGCUGCGCGCGGCUCCUGGCUAGUCAAUGGGCGAGGGGCUCAGUGGACGGUGGGGAGGACGGGGGAAAGGACGGGGGGGAGGACGGGGGAGAGGAUUGGCGGGGGAAGGAUCCGGGCGAGCGCAGAGUGGGGCGAGAGGGGCGAUGAGGAGGAAAAUGAGGGGGAUGAGGAAAUGGUGAGGGGAGGUGGAGAAAGUGAAAGUGGGAGUGAAAUGGAGGGCACAGAGGCAGGAGGAAGCGUGUGGGAGGCGGAAGGAGGUGGAGAGGGCAAGGGCAGCAGCAAUGGCGGCGGCGAUGAGUCAUGGGAGGGGCGGCGGAGGUACAUGAUGGUGCUGGCAUACGACGGCACGCACUUCUAUGGUGAGACGCGCAUACGGCAUGCCCCCCGCCGCAUGCCUUCUGGCGCCCCCGUGAAGGAGCACAUCGAAGUGAU